CUGAACAACAAGAGUGUUCUGCGUAAAUUCUCCCAGUUGAACAAACCAUCACUCAAGAUGGCGCUCCAAAGGGCCUCCCUCAUGUCCAUUGGAGACGUGCCUUAUUACGUGCCAGCUUCAUCGCGAAAGAUCCCCUCGUAUCCAACACAGAUCUGGGCUGCUUCGAAAGAAGAAAUCCCUUCCGAGUUCGCCCCUUGCACAAUCUUCCUGUGCGAUCAUGCAGCGGCGAUGAACUCGAGUUCCUUGUCGUUUUUUCUUGAAGAAAAAUCGAGGCUCUGGCUUGCUACCGAUGACGUGUUCUCUAGCGACUUUCUCAAACACGUCUACAUCGUGCCGCCCGCUCCUAUGGUCCUGGCUGUGGAGGACACUGAUGAGCUUGGCAAUUUGUUCAAGAAAUGGGAGGUGGCAACCGCGCAUCUCCUCCAUGGCAAUGAUGAUAGCGACCCUUGGAUGCCCGGACCAUAUGUAAACUCGGGCUCUGUCUUUUAUACCGUUUGGCGACUAUUUCUAGAUACGGAUGGGGCGUUCAUGCUUCCGACAGUUCCUUCUGAGCAUGAGCCUAGAAUAUUUGUCAAUCCUGGAACUGCAGGUGUUCCUGUACCAAGCCGAUGCUACUACCCGGAUCCAUCCCCGGAGAAGCCUCUUUCAGGAAGGAGAGUUGCCAUCAAAGACAACAUCGACGUAGCUGGCGUUCCCACAAGUGUCGGUAGUAAAGCCUUCGCUGAACUCUACGGCGUCAGGGAUAGGAAUGCGCUCUGCGUCGAAAGGCUGCUUGAUGCAGGGGCUUUAAUUAUCGGCAAGGCCAAGACCGUCCAGUUUGCUUCGGGAGAAGGUGCACGAGACUGGAUCGACUACCAAGCUCCCUUUAACCCCAGAGGUGACGGCUACCAGGAUCCUGAAUGCAGCAGUGCCGGGAGCGCAACGGCAUGCUCGGCGUAUGACUGGGUUGAUAUUGCGCUUGGGACUGAUACUAUCGGGAGUAUCAUAGGCCCGGCUGCUCACCACGGUCUGUUUGGUCUUCGACCUUCUCUUGGAAGUGUUCCUAUGUCUGGGAUUGUCCCCUUUUCUAAGGAAUUGGACACUGUCGGUCCCUUCACUCGGACCGCGUCGUUGGCUACAAAGGUCAUGCAGGUGUUAACUGGCGGUGGUGUGACAAAACUACAACGUUCGAAAAAUAUUCAACUGCUUUAUCCUGUGGAUAUGUUUGGUAGCUUACCUGAGUAUUCUGCUUUUACCGAGCCAUUUAUUCAACAUCUUGAAGAGUUCCUUGGUGUGAACAGGGUCAACAUUAGUAUAAGAGAAAAGUUUAUAGAGGAACAGAUUGCAGGGGGAAAGUCAAUUGACGAUUUUCUAAGCCAGACGACGGCUCGUAUUCAAUUAUUUGAUUGCUAUAGAAGCUGCGCCCCCUUCUUAGAUGAGUAUAAGAAGAAGUUCAACAAGACGGCAUUCGCGGAUCCGUACAUCAGAUUCAAAUGGAAUCUCGGAGAGAAAAUCACCCGAGAGCAGUACGAGGAAGCGAUUGCUCAGAGGGACGUUUUGAGGGAAUGGGUUUUGCAGAAGCUAAUCCCUCAAAAUCACCCCAAUGAAAUGCAGAGCAUUCUGAUUGUACCUAAUGGCAAGAUGGAGGAGUUAUAUCGCUAUCACUAUGACGGGCGCACACUCGAAGAAGAAGCAAGUUUAAAACAAGGCUAUGGGUUUAAAGAUAGCUUCCUUGCCACUUUGGCAGGGCUGCCAUUUUUCAACGUGCCGGUUGGCCAAAUACCAUACAAUUCUACCGUCACAGAGAGAACUGAAGUCAUUCCAGUAAACAUUGGUCUCGUUGGACCUAAAGGCUCAGAUAUCGCCCUGUUGCAACUCGUGGAAGAUUUUCUAGAUACCGCCCCUGGCCUUCACUCACGUGUGAUGACUGGAGCUAAGGCCUUUGGAGAUAAGGCCUGA